AUGCGGCUCCUACUACUAGCACUCGCAUGCCUCGUCGCGCCAUUAGUAUACGCAACGCCAGGGAAGGAUGCUAUCCGCCUCUCAAAUGUCCAGUCUCUUACACUACAUGCGCACCGAUUGACUAGCGCGCGUCGCGUCUCCCCAAUCCCGCAACUCAGCUGUGUCGGCCCCUCCCAGAAAGUAUGCAAGCUCUACCAACCGGAAGUCAUGCGCUGCACAAACCAAGGCCACGACUAUGAUGUUGAAGACGUCCAGUGGACAUGCACCGCAGAUCUGCCCCCAGAGUUCAAACUGGGUUCCACGGAUGUCAUAUGUGAGGGAUAUCGGAAUGCAGACGACAGAUGGGUUCUGAAGGGCAGCUGCGGGGUUGAGUAUCGUAUGUUUCUCACUGAACUGGGCGAGAGAAGGUUUGGCAACGGCCAUGGAGACGAGCUCAACUGGGAACAGAUGAGCGGAUCCAAAAAGAUAUUGACCGCGCUCGGAAACCUGUUUGUAAUUGGAUUCCUGAUUGCGGUAUUUGUGCUGCUAUGUUUGCCUUUUAUCGCUCUUCUGGCAGAGUGCUUUGGUCUCCGGAGGAAUCGCAGAGCACCUGGUGCUGGACGAGGGUGGGGAGGAGGUGGAGGCGGCGGCGGCGGUGGUGACGGUGGACCAUGGCCCUACAGCAGCACCUAUGAUUCAUACAAAUACGCGGAGCGUCAGCGAGGUUGGAGGCCGGGAUUCUGGUCUGGGGCCGCAGGUGGUGCAGCAGCUGGCUAUGGCUUGGGUCGGUCCAGCAACAGGGACAGACGCACCACAUCGAGCAGAUCUGAUAGCUUUGACUCGGGCGAAGGAAGCUCGCGUACACCGCAAUUUUCGUCUACGACUUCCAGUACCGGAUUCGGGUCGACAAGACGCAGGUGA